UUCCCAUGUCCUAUUUUCCAUCAAUCCUCAGAAAAGAAAAAAAGAGAAUGAUUUAUCAUUGCUUCUCAUCAUCAUUAAUACCUGAUCUUCCACUUCUUCUGUACUUUUCCUUAUUAUUCAUCAUCUUCGGUUUUCCUCUUUCACUAAGCGAUCAUGAACUGUACCAGAACUGUCGCGAUGCAGUCUACAAAUGCGGGAAUAUCUCCGCUGGAUUUCCUUUCUUUGGAGGCCAACGAGCGAUGGACUGUGGACGACUCGGUCUCGAGCUUCGCUGCGACAACAAAAAUACAACGACGAUCGUAAUUAGUGAUAUAGAAUAUCGGGUUCUGGCCAUCCAUCGGGAUCGUCAUAUUCUAAGGAUUGCGAGGGAAGACCUCAUCAAGUACGAUGGCCUUUGUAGCCCUCAAAUUAUCCCAACUCGGAAUUCGGUCCUCAAUUCCGAGCUGUUUUCACCUGGUCUUGGUUAUGCCAACGUUACUUUGUUUUACGACUGCCAAUCUUCCAUCUCCUCACGCAGUACUCUCGGGUUCUUCCCUUGCGACAACGCCGGUUCCACUUACAGUAACGUUUCCGUUGCGACGCGAAAUAAUAUCCGACCGAAGAGAUGCUCGGCUAAUGUUACUGUUCCGAUUCUUCGAUCUUCCCUGGAGGGAUCACUGAAUUCUUUGUUGGGGUUGAAAGAAGCCUUGAAAAGAGGAGUGGAAGUACAAUGGUAUUGGAAGGACAGCGAAGCUUGCGGGAAGUGCAAUGAUUCCGGCGGAGCCUGCGGUUUCUUUGGGCCGGCGGAGAAUCAAACAGUGUUCUGCCACUGCCCUUUCAUGUUUGACAAUUCGCACGAUGACAGACAAUGCAUUCGCAUUGUUUCUUCACCAUCCCCAACGACUGCCCGAGAAUCCAAAGCUAAAUCGAAAUCGAGGCUGAAUCUAAUAUUUAUAGGAUUGACGGUUGCUGUAACCAUCACCGUUGUAUUGGUUUCUGCUAUAUGCUUCUUUGUGUUAAGGUUAAAAGGGAAAUCACCAUCAAGUCAUCUAUGGAAGGGGAAGAAGAACGACAAUGCUAGGAUUGAGGAAUUCAUCACAAAGUUCGGUUCUCUAGCUCCUAAUCGAUAUUUUUAUGGAGACAUUAAGAAAAUGACAAAUAAGUUUAAAGAUAAAUUAGGUGAAGGAGGAUAUGGUAGUGUAUACAAAGGAAAAUUGCCAGACGGUCGUCUCGUGGCGGUCAAAAUCCUGAGUGAAUUCAAAGAUAAUGCAGAGGAAUUUAUGAAUGAAGUAGCCAGCAUCAGUAGAACUUCUCAUGUCAACAUAGUGACUCUUUUGGGUUUCUGUUUUGAGAGAUCAAAAAGAGCUUUGGUUUAUGACUUCAUGCACAAUGGAUCUUUGGAUGGGUUUAUUUAUAAUAAAGGACCACAUAGUCAAAGUUGUCAAUUGGAGUGGAAAACUUUGUACGACAUUGCAAUGGGCAUCGCUAGAGGACUCGAAUACUUGCAUCAAGGUUGCAGUACCCGGAUCUUGCACUUUGACAUUAAACCUCACAAUAUCCUUUUAGAUGAGAACUUUUGUCCCAAGAUCUCUGAUUUCGGUUUGUCUAAGUUAUGUGAACGACAGGAAAGCACUAUUGCAAAUACAGGUGCUAGAGGAACUGUUGGAUUUAUAGCUCCUGAAGUGUUUUAUCGAAAUUUUGGUGGUGUUUCUCAUAAAUCAGAUGUCUACAGCUAUGGAAUGAUGCUCCUUGAAAUGAUCGGAGGAAGAAAAAAUAAAAAUAUUGAGGGUUCCCAAGCUAGUGAAACAUAUUUUCCCUUAUGGAUAUAUAACCAUCUUGAUCAACCUAUGAACUGCAAUCCUAAUGAAGUACUAUCUAUAGAGGAAGAAGAAAUAACAAGGAAACUAAUCAUAGUGAGUCUUUGGUGCACUCAAACCAAUCCAGUAGACCGACCAUCAAUGACUAAAGUAUUAGAAAUGUUGCAAGGAAACCUUCAAUCAUUAGCACUUCCGUCGCAACCCACCUAAAAAUGUUGCAGAUUUGUUGUUAACUUGAGUAAUUUGUUCAUGUUGAGGCAAUCUUUAAUAGAUUUAGGAAAAUGUUCAUUUUGAUCUCAUGUUUUUUUUAGUGUUAGUUGUGUAUAUAAAAAUAGAACAAAUUAAAUGUGUAAAAUUUUAAACAUAAAUCUAUGGUAUACCUAAAUGGUGUUA